CGACACUGCUCACUCAGUGCUCCGUUUCCCUAUUUCGCAGUGGCACAGGCUCUAUACUGAAAGUACAUCAUUUCUCUCCACUCCAGUCAAGACGUGAGAUUUCAUGCCUGCGGAAUUACAGUCCGUCUUGUGUUUAGUAAAGUUUAUCUCCUUACUGGGCUUUUCACAAGUCUUACAUGUCAGACUGUGGUAGACUCACAUCCCCAGCGGCUCACCGGCAGGCCUCUCUGUUCGUCGUGUAAGCAUCAUUCCUCACGCCGUUGUUGGGUGGGCCCAGCUCGGCCACAGAGGCAGCAUGGGCCCGGUGCAUAGCUAGCCUCUGCUUCUUCAAGGCUACAGAAAGGGAUGAAUCAUAUGGUAGAGGAACUGUUUGACUUGGAUGUCACUGCUAACCGAGUCUGGCUAUCAGAAUGAACGGCACUCAGCAGAGUGAUACCAAGAGACAACACCUCCUGGAGAGGCUGCUGGAUGCUGUGAAGCAGUGCCAAAUCCGCUUUGGAGGAAGAAAGGAGAUUGCUACCGACUCAGACAGCAGGGUGAUCUGUCUGUGUGCCCAGUUUGAAGCAGUGCUGCAGCAUGGCCUGAGGAAGAGCCGAGGCCUGGCCCUCACUGCCGCCGCUCUCAAGCAGGCUGCGGGUUUCAGCAGCAAGACCGAAGCAGAGUUGACUUUCUGGUUCUAUGUGAAGGAGCAUCUCAACCGCCAUGAGCUCCAGCGGUUCUACUCCCUACAUCACAUCUCCUCAGAGCUGGGCCGGGGUCGUGCCUGGCUGCGUUGCGCCCUCAAUGAGCACUCGCUGGAGCGCUACCUGCACACACUCCUGGCUGACCGCCCACGGCUGGGAACUUAUUAUGAAGACUGGGCUUUUAUUCUCGAUGAAGAGAGAGCGAGUAUGCUCCCCACAAUGGCUGCAGGUCUGAACUCCAUCUUGUUUGCCAUCAACAUCGACAAUAAUGACCUGAAUGGUGGAUUGGCUCGAGGAGGAGGCCCCUCAGUGUCCCACCUGCUCAAAGAGUCUACGCAAGGCAUUGGCAGCCUGUGGAAAGAGUCGACUCAGGGGGUCAGCAGCCUCCUCCGAGAGAUCAGCACCGCCACGGCUGUGGUGCCAGGCUUCACCACCAGAGUGGACGGAGCUUCAGAUCCCCUACCUGUCCUGCCACGGAGCACCUCUGCUGACUCAGGACUGAGAAAAGAGCGCAGGAGGAAAAAGAAAAUCACCAACAUCAUUUCCUUUGAUGAUGAUCUGGAUGGAGGGGCUGAGGAUGAGGAGGAGGGAGAGGAUGACUCUCAAAAGAUGGGUGCGAUGAGGAAAAGUCACACGGCUCCUGCACAGAACAGUGUGGAGGAAGGAAUAGAUCCUUUGGAACCAGUCUUCUCCCAGUCACCGGCCCAGAACGGUGCGACUGAGCCGGGCAUAGUCAGCUGGGUGGGGUCCCCUCAUCCCUCCCGUAACCCCCCUGAUGUUACUCCCCCUCUGCCUGACAGUAAGAGUGUAGACAACGAGGAGGACGAGGAAGAAGAGGAGGAAGUGUACAAACCCAGAGCACAAACCCAGGAGGAGGAAAGGUUCAGCUCCGAUCAGGUGGUGGUAGGCAGCCUGUCCAGUGUGUCCACAUGGAGUCCUCUACAGGUGAUGACCGACCACAGCAGCUCAGACAUCCUGAUCCCUGUGAACCCUACAGAUCCUCAGCCAGCGAGCUCUGUGGAGGACACGGCUGCAUUUCCUGCUCAGUGUGAGUCAACAGCACCGGUGGGAAACUGUGAGAGCAGCACAUCGCUGCUAACAUUCAAAACUCAAGGAGAUUCGACAUACGUGAGUCCUCUCAUCAUGCGUUUCAGUAUGGAGUCCAGUCCACCAACGCUGUCUGCUCCACUCGCCAGUGUGCUGCCAACAUCUGGUCUGCCAGAGUCCAUGACAGUGGUGGAGCUGCGUCAGGCCAUCGUAGCCAUGAUGAACAGGAAGGACGAACUGGAUGAACAAAACGCGUCUCUUCGCAGUCUGCUGGAUGGGGAGAUGGAGCACUCAGCAGGCCUGAGGCAAGAAACCGAACUGCAGAAGAGGAAGCUGGCAGAAAUGGAGGAGAGACACACAGCCAAGGUCCAGGCACUGGCCAGGGAGAAUGAGGUCCUGAAGGUCCAGUUGAAGAAGUAUGUGGGGGCGGUACAGAUGCUGAAGAGAGAGGGGAGCCAGGGCAAUGAUGCGCUGUUGAUGUUGCGGUCGAGUGAGGACCAGGCCCCUGCCCCGCAGAAUAAGUUCAUGGGUGACAUCGAGGAGCUGGCUGCCAGCUACGAACGUAAACUCAUAGAGGUGGCUGAGAUGCACGGUGAGCUGAUAGAGUUUAAUGAGCGCCUGUACCGCUCCCUCAUGGCCAAAGACCACCUCAUUGUCCAGAUGAGACAGGAACUCAUUGACCUGAGAGGACCGGUUCCAGGUGAUUUAAGUCAGACAUCAGACGAUCCCAGCCUGUCAGAUUUUGAGACGGCUCAUCGCGCUCUCAUCAACGUGUGGAUCCCCUCCGUGUUCCUGCAGGGCCGAGCUGCCAAUGCGUAUCACGUCUAUCAGGUGUACAUCCGUAUCCUGGACAACGAGUGGAACGUGUACCGUCGUUACACUGAGUUCAGGGAGCUCCACAACCACCUGAGAACCCAGUUUCCACAGGUGGACACUUUCAACUUCCCACCCAAGAAAGCCAUAGGUAACAAGGAUGCCAAGUUCGUGGAGGAGAGGAGGAAGCAGCUGCAGACCUACCUUCGCAUGGUGAUGAACAAACUGAUCCAGACACUGCCGGAGUUCACAGCCCGCCCCACCAAAGAGACCCUGCUGUCUCUGCUGCCUUUCUGCCUAGACACACCCCAGACCAACGAUGGCGGAGCCAAGACGCCCCGGUCCAGAACCUCGUCCCGCCUCCCCAGACUGGGCCGCAGCCGUAACCAGGAAGCCAGACCUGAACCCCAGAGUGGCGACCUUUAACCCCAGCCUUUGAAUUAAUAAUCUCUCACUGUAUGGGCUGAGGACGACGAUGUUCCUGUGUUCACCCUGAACUGCGACACAAGAGCUCACUGUGUGUGAGGACGUGACGGACCUUCAAAGCCUUACAGACAAAAAAAGCCUCAGCUGAGAAGGGCAGAUGGAUGCGUUGACAUCGUAGGCCUCUCUGGGAGUUAUGUAAAUGUUUCUGUUCAUUGACUGGCUGAGUAAAGGAUAAAUGACUCCCCGAGGCUGCCUCUGGAAAGACCCAAUCAUGCAGCACCACUUACCUCACGAAAAGACUCUACAAACGGCACAUGAACUAGCCUGGACUGCUCUCCCUAAUCUCAAACACAGUGAGAUGAUGGGGAUGCUUUAUUUGUUUUUUUGUUUUUUUUCCUACUCUGCUCAGUUUUGUAGUGAAAGUGUGUCAUGGUCACAGUGCCUACAGUGUUUUGUAGCUGCUUUCCUGCUCUGGGUAGGGUGGGGAGGGCAUG